AUGUCUUCCAUGGAGAGUGCUGCAUCGUCACCCUCGAGUUCGUCGGUGGCUAGCGGGUCGGCUGCACAAAUAUCCACCGUUGCGGAUAAUACGAGACGAAUGGAGGCGAUAAAGGCGGUUGACAAGCACCGGCGAGGAUGUCAGAUUGCAACGAACAAGGUCUGGCAGCGCAGCGGGACCUUCGACAACCAGGACAGCACUUCCGAACAGGUCUACCUCACUGGUUCUGCCGGUAUCACGGUCAAGACCUUCUGCUUUUGCAGCACCGGGUUCGUCAUCUGCCACGGCUAUUGA